AUGGUUCACCUUAUCUCUCAUCUUUCUUUGUUUUGCUCCUUUAUUUCUCUGGUCUCUGCUCAAACCGCCAAUGGCUCGUCUCCUACAUUCACGCUACCUUCCGGAUAUCGCACUGCAAGCUUCAAUGCCUCGGCACAGCCAACCGCAUUUAAUCGCACUGACUUCUCUGAGAAUGCGCUGAACGAGCUUUGGAAUUUGGUCGGACCUGUUGCGACAGGCCCGGUGACUACAACGGUUGAACCGUCUCCAGAGCCGACUGCAUACCCACAACCUGACGCCGACCGUUUCCACGCUCUUGUUGGGUCGAAUUACCCGGAGCUCGAUCAUUUGAAGCUGCCACAGGGAUUCAAGUGGGGUGUCAGUAGUAGUUCGUACCAGAUUGAGGGUGCGGCGAAAGAUGAGGGCAAAGGACCGAGUAUCUGGGAUCUGCUGGCCCACAGGGUGCCAAAUCAGGACUUGGCGAGACUGAAGGGUUUGGGUAUGCCUGCAUUCAGUCCUAGCUUCUCGUGGCCGCGAAUCUUCCCCUUCGGCCACGGUCCGGUCAACGAAGCUGCGGUGAAACACUAUGACGAUGUCAUUUCCGAGUUUGUAGCCACCGGCAUACGUCCCGCAGUGACACUAUUCCAUUGGGACACUCCGCUUGCUCUCUUUGCCGAAUACGGAGGCUGGACAGAUCGUCGUGUCGUUGACCACUUCUUCAAUUACGCCAAAUUUGUCAUCUCCCGCUAUGACGCGUACGUGGACGAGUGGUUCACAAUCAACGAGCCGCAGUACUGCAACUGGCAAUACUCAUACUACCCUGCCGGAGAGUACUAUCCUGCACCCAACGGAGUCACCGGCGGCGACAAGGCUCGUUACCUAUGUGGACACUAUUCCCUCCUCGCCCACGCCAAGGUGGCGAAAUGGUAUCACAAUGAGUUCAAAGGCCGCGGACGCAUUACUUUCAAGAAUUCUGGAAACUAUUUUGAAGCGAACAGCACUAGCUCUGGAGAUGAUGAGGCAGCCCAACGCAACUACGACUUCUCGAUUGGGUGGUUCGGCGGUCCUUGGACGGAUGGUGACUACCCGGAGACGCUGAGGGAUACGCUGGGUGAUUUACUUCCUGAGCUAUCACAAGACGAGAAGGAUCUUAUCAAAGGAUCCUGCGACUUCUUCGCCAUCGAUGCGUAUUCCUCCUUCAUGGCCUACGAAAUCACCGGCGGCGUCGAAGCCUGCGCGUCGAACCGUUCCCACCCAGGAUUCCCAGAGUGCGCAGGCUCCAGCUCCAUCUCCCCUAUCGGCUUCCCGCUGGGUCCAGCCGCAGACCCCACAAUGAACUGGCUAUACUCAGCGCCAUCAGGAAUCCGCAAAUACCUCAAGCAUAUCACCACCAAGCUCUUCCCCUCGAUCCCCGACAUUGUGGUCACUGAGUUCGGCUUCAGUGAGCCUUUUGAGGGGCAGUGGACUACUCUUGCCCCGGCACUUUGGGAUCUGAGGAGGGCGGAUUACUUCCAGCAUUACCUGGAUCAGCUUUUGUUGUGUAUUCAUGAGGAUAAGGUGAACGUGACGGGUGCUUGGGGAUGGGCCAUCUUCGACAACUUUGAGUGGGGACAGGGCAGCCAAGUGAGGUUUGGGCUGCAGUAUGUCAACUACACGAGCUUGGAGCGAACACCUAAGGCAUCCAUGUUCCAAUUCCUCAACUGGUUCAAGUAA